AGCGAGAAGAACCCUCCUCCGUCUCCUCUCAUUUCUUCUGGUUUGAUCUCCCAAAGGCGCGAGCUCUUUCUCUGGUUCUGUUUCUUUCCCUCGUCGGAAUCGGCGCUUUGCCCAGACGGAUUUUCUCCCGAUCAUGUUUGAGCCUCCCGAUUCCAAGUAGAGAGUUGACCUGUGAACGUCGAGAUCUCCUCGAAAUCUUCAACUCUGUUAACCAGAAAUUGCAGUAUCGCCAUUGAAGUGAAUCCUCGAGGAAGAUGAGUAGGCACAAGAUAAGGUCGAGGAUCAGAAAAAGCAAAUUCUACACCUUUAGAUGCCUGACGCCGAAGACCCUCGAAGAUCAAAGGCCACAUCCCAUCAAUGGACCCGGUUUCUCAAGAAUCGUCUAUUGCAACCGACCACAAAUUCACAUGGCUAAACCCUUUAGGUACCGCUCAAACUAUGUCUCCACCACAAGAUAUACCAUUCUCUCCUUCUUGCCCAAGAGCUUAUACGAGCAAUUUCACCGUGUUGCAAAUUUCUACUUCCUCGUAGCUGCCGUUCUCUCCGUCUUCCCUCUCUCCCCUUUCAACAAAUGGAGCAUGAUCGCUCCGUUGGUAUUCGUUGUCGGGCUUAGCAUGGGUAAGGAAGGAUUAGAGGAUUGGCGCAGGUUUAUGCAAGAUGUGGAAGUGAACUCUAGAAAAAUCAAUGUUCACAAAGGUGGUGGCGAUUUUGGCCGUCGGAAGUGGAAGAAGAUCCGUGUCGGGGAUGUAGUAAGGGUAGAGAAGGAUGAGUUUUUCCCGGCUGAUUUGCUCUUGUUGUCGUCUAGUUACGAGGACGGGAUUUGUUAUGUGGAGACCAUGAACUUGGAUGGAGAAACCAAUCUGAAAGUGAAGAGAUGUCUGGAUGCAACCUUGCCUUUGGAGCUCGACGAAUCUUUUCAGAAUUUCUCCGGAACGAUCAAAUGUGAAGAUCCAAACCCCAACCUGUAUACAUAUGUCGGGAAUCUCGAAUAUGAAGGCCAGGUUCAUCCACUUGAUCCUAGCCAGAUUCUAUUGAGAGAUUCAAAGCUCAGGAACACUGCUUACGUUUACGGGGUGGCGAUAUUCACUGGUCAUGAUACAAAAGUAAUGCAGAAUGCUACUAAAUCGCCAUCGAAGAGGAGCAGAAUCGAAAAGAGGAUGGACAAAAUCAUAUACACUCUCUUUGCGCUCCUUAUCUUUGUUUCUUUCAUCAGCUCUCUUGCAUUUGCUUUGAUGACGAAGCUUCACAUGGUGAAUUGGUGGUUCUUAAGACCAGAUAAACCCGAGAGCUUAACAAAUCCAAAAAACCCUAUUCAUGCUUGGGUUGUCCACCUGAUCACUGCUCUCCUGCUUUAUGGAUACUUGAUUCCCAUCUCUCUAUAUGUAUCCAUUGAGGUUGUAAAGGUCCUGCAAGCAACUUUUAUCAACCAAGACUUGAAUAUGUACGAUAGUGACACUGGGACUCCGGCCCAAGCACGGACAUCGAAUCUCAAUGAAGAGCUUGGACAAGUUGACACAAUACUCUCUGAUAAGACGGGAACUUUGACGUGUAAUCAGAUGGACUUUCUGAAAUGCUCCAUUGCAGGUAUUUCUUAUGGUGCUCAUGCCAGCGAAGUGGAAGUAGCUGCUGCAAAGCAAAUGGAAAAGGAUCUAGAGGAGCAAGAUGGUGAUGAUGGUGGUGAUGAUUACGCAUCUGGUAUUCAAAAGAUUAAGAACAACGCGCGUAGAUACGAGACAAUGACCAUGAAGUCUUCACCCGAGUUUGAGUUGGAUACCGUAGUUACUGCUACUGACAAAAAGGAUAGAAUCCAGACUGGCAUUAAGGGGUUCAGUUUCGAGGACAACCGUCUCAUGGGUGGAAACUGGUCACUUGAACCAAAUCCAGAUGAUAUUUUGAUGUUCUUCCGUAUACUGGCAGUUUGCCACACUGCAAUCCCUGAGGUGGAUGAAGAUACAGGGAAGGUGACUUAUGAAGCCGAGUCUCCUGAUGAAGUCGCUUUUCUUGUUGCUGCAAGAGAGUUCGGUUUCGAGUUCAGUAAGAGAACUCAAUCUGGUGUCUUUGUCAGUGAACGAACUCCUUUGUCAGUCCGGCCAGUUGAAAGGGAAUACAAAAUUCUGAAUCUUUUGGACUUUACUAGCAAGAGAAAAAGAAUGUCUGUAAUUGUUCGUGAUGAAAAAGGGCAUAUUCUUCUCCUCUGCAAAGGCGCAGACAGCAUUAUUUUCGAUCGGUUAGCCAAGAGAGGGAAGACUUAUCUAGGAGCUACCACAAAGCACUUAAAUGAGUAUGGUGAUGCGGGUCUGCGCACAUUAGCACUGGCUUACAAAGUGCUAGAAGAGGAAGAGUAUUCAGCAUGGAACAGUGAUUUCCUAAAAGCUAACACUUAUGUUGGAGCUGAUAGAGAUACGCUUCUCGAAAAGAUAUCAGAAGUGAUGGAAAGGGAACUGAUCCUUGUUGGGGCUACUGCUGUGGAAGACAAACUGCAGAUAGGGGUGCCUCAAUGCAUAGAUAAACUUGCCCAAGCUGGUCUCAAGAUAUGGGUUUUGACAGGAGAUAAGAUGGAGACAGCCACAAACAUAGGAUAUGCCUGCAGCUUACUCCGACAGGGUAUGAAGCAGAUCUCCAUAGUGCUGACAAAUUCAGAGGAAUCAUCCCAAGACCCCGAGGCUGUUGCAAAAGAGAGCAUUUUGAUGCAGAUCACAAAUGCUGCACAGAUGAUCAAGAUAGAAAAGGAUCCACAUGCAGCUUUUGCUUUGAUCAUUGACGGGAAGACUCUUGCUUAUGCUCUGAAGGAUGAUAUCAAGUUUCAGUUCCUCGCCCUCGCAGUUGAUUGUGCUUCUGUCAUUUGCUGCCGUGUCUCUCCCAAGCAGAAAGCACUCGUAACGAGACUAGUGAAAGAAGGAACAGGAAAGGUGACCUUAGCAAUUGGUGAUGGUGCAAAUGAUGUGGGAAUGAUUCAAGAAGCCGAUAUUGGUGUAGGUAUCAGCGGUGUGGAAGGCAUGCAGGCUGUAAUGGCUAGCGACUUCUCCAUAGCUCAGUUUCGGUUUAUGGAGAGACUGCUCGUCGUCCAUGGCCACUGGUGCUACAAAAGAAUAGCACAGAUGAUCUGCUAUUUCUUCUACAAAAACAUAACUUUCGGCCUAACCCUCUUCUACUACGAGGCUUAUACCGGAUUUUCUGGUCAAUCCAUAUACAACGACUCCUACUUGUUACUCUUCAACGUCAUCCUCACCUCUCUCCCCGUCAUCAGCCUCGGAGUUUUCGAGCAAGAUGUUUCUUCUGAUGUCUGCUUACAGUUCCCUGCAUUGUACCAGCAAGGCCCGAAAAACCUGUUCUUCGACUGGUGGAGAAUCUUCGGGUGGAUGGUGAACGGACUUUACUCGUCCAUAGUCAUCUUCUGGCUCAACAUCGGGAUCUUCCACCUCCAGUCAUUCCGUUCAACGGGCCAGACAGCCGACAUGAACGCCAUGGGAACCACCAUGUUCUCCUGCAUCAUCUGGGCAGUGAACGUCCAGAUCGCCCUAAUUAUGAGUCAUUUCACGUGGAUCCAACACGUCAUGAUCUGGGGAAGCAUUGUCGCCUGGUACGUCUUCCUCGUCCUUUUCGGGAUGCUGCCGCCCAAACUCUCGGCCAACAUCUUCCACAUGCUGGCCGAAACCCUAGCCCCUGCCCCGAUCUUCUGGGUCGCGUCCCUGCUCGUGGUGACGGCCACUGCCCUGCCCUACCUAGCUCACAUCUCGUACCAGAGACUGGUAAACCCUCUUGACCAUCACAUCAUACAAGAGAUCAAGCAUGGCGGGAUCGAUGUGAGGGAUGAAGGGAUGUGGACCAGGGAGCGGUCCAGGGCGAGGGAGAGGACGAAGAUUGGGUUCACGGCCCGUGUGGAUGCCAAGAUCCGCCAGCUGAGGGAGAGGCUUCAGAGGAGGCCGUCGAUUUUGAGCGGCGCUUCUUCUACCGAGACUUGAGUUACUUGCUAGCUAAGUUUUCUUUUCCUGAAACUUUCUCGGGAAUCAUUCAUUCAUCCACUCACAGAGAAGAAAGAAAAAAGGGUUUUUGUGUACAAAGAAAGGGUACCAUAUAUUUUUUUUUUUUUUGUAAUCAAGUCUUCUAU